AUGUCCUCCAACAACUCCAUCAACAACGACCGCGCCGACCCUCUAUCGAUGACGACGUGGCUCGAGUCUCUAAGGGCGGCCAAGGCCAGGGGCGACUUCGAGCCCCGAGGCAAAAGUGGACCGCUGAACCUGAACUCCUGCAACCCCGUCAAGACCGACCAGGACCACUUCGCCUCUCUCCAUCAGUGGUGGACCGCCGCCGUGAAGGUCACGGAUCGCCCCGAGCCUCAACUCAGAGGGAUACUGCCGCCCAUGGGCUUCGUCAAUGAUGACCUCCGGACCAUCCCCCACGAGGAGUUUGCCGCCGCCGUGAAGGCCAUGGGCAACCCCAAGCCUCGAGUCAAAAAUGCGCCGCCGGCCAUGGACUGCAACAGCUCCACUACCAACGACGACGGCUGGACCAUCGUCAAGAACAAGCACAGCAAAAAGUUCGUCGCCCGUUCCACUUUUGUCGUGGAGCACCCCGAGAGCGAAGCCGAAGAAGCCCCCGAGCAGUCCACUCCGGGCGGAACUCCUCCUCCUUCGCCUUCGCCCUCGCCAACGGAAGCCGUGGUGGAGCUCGAGUACAACGGAGAAGACGAGUACAGCGGCGACGAAGUCACUUAUGAGCAUGACGACGACGGCGACGGAAUAGACGCCGAGGCUGCGACCUGCGACGAUGUCGCGGACGAGUACUGCUAUGACGGAUUCCGCGCGGACUACGACGCGCUGGUCGUCGAGGAGAACAAGAUGAUGGACCAGGUCGUCUACGACUUUGUCAACAGGAACAAAUACCCCCAUUAUCUCCGCCACAAGCAGGAGUUCAAGAGGAGGGGACAGCGGAAGAGGACGGUCGAACGAAGGCAUCAGCGAAGCGACAAGAAGGCCUUGAACUAG